GAUGUGAUUUCAGUUGGGAAGUUGCCACCCAACGGUGCGGUGCUAUUACUCCGGGUUUCCUCGUACAGAACAAACAAACAUACAUAUCUACAAACAUAUCUACCGGCAUAUGUUCGCACACACAUACAUACAUACAUAUAUGUGUAUGAAUUUCGAUAUUUAUUAUUUACCUUCCCUUCCUCCGCUUGGCGCUAUCGUUAAGGUGCUACUACUGACUGCUACUUACUGAUCACUUUCACGCGCGACGAUCGUUGGUACGAUUUUUAGUUUGUCACAAGAUUUCGCACAGUGACAUUCGUAAUUAUUGUAUGUAUUCAUAACAAUUGCACUGCAACAACGGUGGUACGAGUAGAGAACACGAAUUUUUGUAUUAAACGAAUCAAACGAAAAAAAAAUGAAAGUGUUUUUAGUGUUGGCUGUAUUUUGUGUGCUCUACCAAGCAACUACCGCCUCACGCUUUGGCUACUCAGAACCGAAUCAACGUCGUUGGGCGCGACACCAUGGCCAUUGCGCUGGAAAAACACAAUCACCGAUCGCCGUACACUCGGCUAAAUCUAUUCCACUGAAUAUGCCAGCAGUCGAUAUGAUUGGUUAUCAUAAUUUGCUGCCACAUCCACUUGUAAUGGUCAACAAUGGACACACAGUCGCCAUCAGCAUACCCAAACUCACAGAAGAGCAGAAGGCAAACGGCGAUUUUAUGCCAUAUGCGCGUGGCGGCAAGCUGCCGGGCGAUUUCGAAGUGGAGAGUUUACACUUCCAUUGGGGCGAUAAGAACAAUCGUGGCGCUGAGCAUGUGAUCAACGACAUCCGCUAUACCAUGGAGAUGCAUAUUGUGCAUCGUAAUAAAAAAUAUGCAACACUUACCGAUGCUUUGGAAUACGCGGAUGGUGCUGCUGUAUUGGGGUUCUUUUUCAAUUUGGACGAAGAUGAAGGUCCUGGAUUAACGUCAAUAUGUCGCCAUUUGCAUUUGAUACCGGAAGCGAAUGACGCUGUAAAUUUAACAGUUACCUUCUCAUUGGCCUCUCUGAUUGCUAACGUUGAUGUAGAUAAAUUUUAUACGUACAAGGGCUCACUCACAACACCACCUUGCUCGGAGGCCAUCACUUGGGUGCUUUAUCCCGAUCCCAUACCAAUUUCACCUAAACAAAUAGCACGCUUCCGUCAACUGCAAGAUACACAAGAUGGCGCGCUAGUCGAUAACUUCCGUCAAUUACAAUCGGUUGGCAAUCGUCGUGUUUUCAUGCGUAACGGUAAUACGAGACAUACACACGUGGACGCUUUGAAGAAGGAAUUGGAUUAUAAGAAAUGGGAUUGGUACAAUUGAUUAAGUGGCCGAAUUAUAAUUAAACAACGUGUCAUAUUUGCUUGGGGAAUUUUAAAAACGAGCUAACAUUAGCUUUCGCCUAUGCUUUUUCUUAGCGGCUAAGAUAACUAAUUUAACGUUCAAUUUAUGAUCUAUUUACGUACUUAAUUACACAUUGUUGGGCUUUUGUAUGUAUGUUUGGCAUUUUUGUGCAUUUACUCAUUAUAUAUUAUAUAUAUACAUAUUAACAUAUGUCUUUAUUGUAACUAAAUAGUCGCAUGUAAAGUAGUAAAUGUAAUUCAUAUGUAAAUGUAUAUUAAAUAUAUAGU